GGUUUUGAUGGAGUUUUCUCUGGUUGUGUAAUAACGAAGAUGAACGGAGAAUAAUUUCUUUCCUUUUUUUUUUUUUUUCUUCUACAAUUCUUCAAUUUUUGUUUUCUUCUCUCAUUUUCUCUGUUUCCACGGCGGCGAUGUCAUUACCUCCGUUUGGCUGCCGUCUUCUCGCGGCGGCGGUGACCCUCUAUCUAAUAGGUCUGUUGUGCGUGUGUGCUGACACGAAAGGUGGUGGUACCGCUCCGAAGAUUCCUGGUUGUACCAAUGAUUUUCAAAUGGUCAAAGUCGAGAAUUGGGUUAACGCAGAAAGCGGCGAGACUUUUACGGCUAUGACUGCACAGUUUGGGGCACUGCUUCCCUCUGAUAAAGACAAAGCUGUUAAACUUCCGGUUGCUCUCACCACUCCUUUGACCAGUUGCUCCAAUUUAACCUCCAAGCUAUCUGGUACUAUUGCGUUAUCUGUGCGUGGCGAAUGUACUUUCUCAGCUAAGGCUGAAGUUGCACAAGCAGGAGGAGCUGCCGCUUUGAUCUUGAUAAACGAUAAAGAAGUGCUGGAUGAGAUGGUUUGUGAUGAGAAUGCUACCUCCUUGAAUGUUUCUAUACCUGUUUUGAUGAUUACAACUUCAUCUGGAGAUGCACUGAGGAAAUCCAUUACGCAAAAUAAGAAAGUGAAGCUUUUAUUGUAUUCUCCAAAGAGCCCGAUUUUGGAUUAUGCAGUGGUCUUCCUCUGGCUAAUGUCUGUUGGAACAGUUUUCAUUGCUUCUAUUUGGUCACAUGUCACCAGUCCUAAGAAGAAUGAGGAGCAAUACGAUGAAUUAUCACCCAAGAAAUCUUCAAAUGAUGAUGCUACCAAAGCUGCUGAAGAUGAAACUCUUGAUAUCAGUGCUACAGGUGCUGUUAUCUUUGUCAUAUCAGCGUCCACGUUCCUCAUUUUGCUCUUCUUCUUCAUGUCAGCGUGGUUCAUCUUGAUCCUGACCAUAUUUUUCUGCAUUGGUGGUAUGCAGGGAAUGCAUAAUAUUAUCACUACACUCAUAAAAAGGAGAUGCAAUAAAUGCGGCCAGAAGAGUGUAAAAUUCCCUCUGUUUGGGAAUACCUCAAUUCUCUCACUCGUGGUUCUGUUAUUCUGCUUGGUGGUUGCUGUCGUCUGGUUAAUAAAGCGCAAAACUUCCUACGCAUGGGCAGGCCAAGAUAUUUUUGGUAUUUGCAUGAUGAUAAAUGUCUUGCAAGUGGCUCGGCUACCUAAUAUCAGGGUUGCUACCAUUCUUCUCUGUUGUGCGUUUUUCUAUGACAUCUUUUGGGUAUUCAUAUCACCACUAAUCUUCAAGCAAAGUGUUAUGAUUGCGGUUGCACGUGGGAGCAAAGACACUGGAGAAUCUAUUCCCAUGCUUUUAAAAGUACCACGGCUUUCUGAUCCAUGGGGUGGUUACAACAUGAUCGGUUUUGGAGACAUUCUUUUCCCGGGACUUCUCAUAUGCUUUAUAUUCAGAUAUGACAAGGAAAAUAACAAAAGAGUCUCAAAUGGAUAUUUCCCAUGGUUGAUGUUUGGCUACGGACUUGGGCUAUUCUUAACAUACUUGGGAUUGUAUGUUAUGAACGGACACGGUCAACCUGCAUUGCUCUAUCUUGUCCCUUGCACGCUUGGAAUCACGGUCAUUCUAGGGUUGGUGAGGAAAGAACUGAGGGACUUGUGGAACUAUGGGACUGAACAGCAUCCAGCUGCAGAUGUAACUCCAUCUCCAUAAGCAGAAAUUGCUUCAAAUCAAACAUGAGAACUCAAAGUCAAAACUCUUGAAAUUGAAAAACAAGAAGAAGAAGAAAAUCAUUUUUUUUUUUUUUAAUAUAUACAAAAUCAUUCUUUUUUAAAAAAUUUAGCUCAUGAAUCUAAGAAAUCUACACUUUUGAUGCAUAUACAUGUAGUCUCGAGCCCACCAAACGUAUAUAAAGUGUAAUGUAUAUGUACAAAUAUUCCCUCACAACUUCUGUUUCUAAAUGGAGACAAGUUUGUAUA